AUGGACGAACUGGUAGAUGACUAUGACCGCUAUCUGCCUCUGAUUGAGGUGUUGUCAGUAGCCAUUGAGAAAUGGGAAUCCGAGUCACCAGAGUUUGCAGAGUUUAACAAGGCUGUCAGCGAGCUGGAUGAUGGGGUUUCCCUGUUAAGGGUUCUCAUGGAUCAAUACCAGCUGAAAGCGGAUGACCUGAAAAACGAGAUUGGCGGCAGGAGUCUGGUAUCCAUGAUCCUGAAUGGUUCCCGCAGUCUUACCAUUGAUCACAUAAAGGCACUGUCCCGGCGUUUCGGGAUUUCACCGGCUUUGUUCCUCUGA